GCCGCUACCGGGGAGCAAAUUUUAAGAUGAUGAACCGUGCUGCUUUGUUCAGCCGCAGUGACUGGCUGAUGCCAGUAUCCAUCCAUAAUAAUCGGCCUCAGGGGUCUAACAGCGGCUCGUUCUUCGCUGCGAGAUUUUUCUCCGUCGUCCAAUGUUAAUACGGAGCUGGGCUUCGUACUGCGCACCUCGCCUCAGGCCCAGUAGUGUCUGGCUCUCGUAUGCGGCUGAGUUCGCCCCGUGCUGGCGCCGGUCCUCAGACAAUUGGCUCCUCCAAUGCGCAUCGGUUUCUCUGCCAGCACUCCAGCACCGCUACUUGAACGGGCCCCUGUAGCGCAAUGCUUAGCCCAGGGUCAACGCGCUGCGGAGCUGCGCCCAUCGCCGAAGAGGCUAGGUCCAGAGGUUGUGGUGAGCCUUGCCGUGCUUCAAACUCGGAGGAGCCGCCACGAUGCGCUGCUAGGGGUUUAGCGGCAUGGCGUUAAAUUUGAUGUCAAGCGAUUGACACGCAUUACUAAGACAAGCCGCUGCGUCGAAUAAAAUCGCCAUACACGUCGAGCUCACGUAGAGGCCAAGGCUGGGAGAAAGUAUCGUGGCCCGUAUUUUGGUAGUUGCAAAGUCAAAACUAGCCAUGUUGCGUUUCUCUUCUUGUAUAGCUUAGCUGCGCCCGGUCCUCCAUCAUGGCGGAUUGAAACACAACGGGUGUUUCUUUCUUUCUUUCUUUUUUGUUUGCAGAGACAAUGGCGGCCUUGUUGGCUAGCCUGCAACACCAAAACAAUGGCCCUAAAGUAGGCAGACUGUCAGCUUACAGGUAAUCAUAAUACUGGCGACUUAUAGUAUCUAAUAGU